GAGUAGGAUAGCCCCAAUUAGUGGUAGCUGUUGUUUGGAUCCAAAGCUCUUGCCAAACAACACUUCUCAACAGACUCGUCCAGACCUAUUCUUUGCCAAAACCACGUGUUGGGCCCUCCGUUUCAUCAUGUCUGAGCUGACAUACGACUCGUUGAUGGAUGAUGGAAACUAUCUGGGCUCUGAGCGGGCCCGGAUGGAGAACAAGGUCAUCCUGGAUGAACUCGAGCGGAAGAAGAAGGCGCGCAACUUAGCUGUACCAACAGACGACAAUAAGGUCAAAGCGAGACUGCGAGAAAUUGGAGAGCCUAUCACACUCUUUGGUGAACGAGCAGCAGAUCGACGAGACCGACUAAUAUAUGUCCUUUCACAAAUAAAUGCCGCAAGGGGUGAUGAUCACCCAAUGGAGGAGGCAUCCUCUGAGGAAAGUGAAGAAGAAGGGGAGGAGUUUUACACUGAAGGCUCCCUAGAGCUCCUCCAAGCUCGAAGGAAUCUUGCAGAAUUUUCUCUGCCCAGAGCUCAAAAGCGCGUCGCUCAGCAGCGAAUAGACAGCAAAAUACCAUUAGGACGCAUAAUCGACAUACGGAAGAAGGUUUUUGCAGUGGUCAAGCGUUUUAGCAAUAUUGGUUCACAAAUUGGCGACGAGCGCCCGAUAUCGCAAGUGCGCUUUGCGCCCAAUAAUAAAAUUCUAGCCACCGGUAGCUGGUCCGGCACCGUCAAGUUGUGGAACGUUCCUGCAUGCACAACUAUACGCACACUCAGAGGUCAUGGUGAUCGUGUUGGUGGUGUUGCGUGGCAUCCGCAAGCAACAUUGACACAAGAAGAGGGAUUAGUGAAUCUGGUGUCGGGUGCAGGAGAUAUGUGUGUCAAUCUUUGGUCUUUAAAUAGCGAUGCACCGCUCUCUGUGAUGAAGGGACAUGCAGAUCGCAUCUGUCGUGUAGCAUUUCACCCUUCUGGUCAUUUUGUCGCUUCUGCUAGUUUCGAUACCACUUGGCGAUUAUGGGAUGUAAACACCUCAAAAGAAUUGCUCCUCCAGGAAGGCCAUUCAAAGGAAGUAUAUGCUGUUGAGUUCCAAGGUGAUGGCGCACUAAUUGCCUCAGGAGGCCUAGAUGCUAUCGGACGAGUAUGGGAUCUGCGGACAGGACGCACAGCGAUGGUACUCGACGGUCAUAUUCAAGGCAUCUUCGGAAUCGACUUCUCUCCAAACGGAUAUCAAAUCGCCACCGGCGCUGGCGACGACACAAUACGGAUAUGGGACAUGCGCUCUCUGAAAGCCUUGUACACCAUCCCCGCACAUGUCUCCAAUGUGUCCGACGUCCGUUUCUUCCGUGCUGAUGCAUUACCACCAUUCAAGCCCAAGGCCAAAUCCGCAGAUGCUCUCAUGAACGGGAUUACCGAAGAUGCAGAUGAGAGUCAUGACACUGAGGACGACACCCAGGAGUGGAAAUACCGCUCAGGGUUGUAUCUAGCCAGCUCUGGAUAUGAUGGUUAUGUGAAGUUGUGGAGCGCCGACGAUUGGCAGCUACUCCGCACGCUAACGACAGAUUCGGGCAAGGUCAUGUCUGUGGACUUAACAAGCGAUGGAGAGCUGCUCGCCUCCGGUACUUACAAUCGUAAUUUCCAAUUAUUCGCUCCAGAGGAUAUCCCAGUGUAA